GAAGGAUCAAAACUUCCUGAAGGUUUCUAAUAAAAAGAAUCAAGUCUUGCGUUUAUUCGAACAAAUAUGAGCUGUUUUAUCACAAAGAGGGAACCCAGCAGAGCGGCAGCGAACUCACCGCCACCCGGCAGCUGAGAGGAGCCUUCUCCGACACCGAAGACUUCCCCGAUCAGGGCCUGGUGUCGGCCAACCGCUGCUCCAGCAGAACCUCCUCCAUUAGCUCCUGGACGGAGAACAUCAAACCUUCAUUCACCAAAAAACUUAAAUUCCAAUCAGUCCUAGAGGGAGAACCAGUAGAGUUAAGGUGUAAACUGGUUGCAUGUCCUCAACCCACCAUCCUUUGGUUUCAUAAUAAUAAAUCUAUCCCUAAAGAUCGUAGGCGUAGGGUCGGUACUGAGAGCAAAAUGCACUUGCACACGACCAGUUUGGUUAUCGAUUGUAUCAGAGAGAAGGACUCGGGCAGUUAUAAGGUAAUGGCGAUUAACUCAGAGGGUUCUGCCGAGUCCACAGCAUCACUUCUAGUGUCGCUGAGGGAAGAGCAGUCUGCUAACUACCUGGGCUUUGUUAAGCGCUCUGCACAAGCCCAUGAAAGUGCAGACACCAUGGCCGAGCAGAGGAAAGAGAGGAAGUUCAGGGUGGACCUCAGGUGCGUUGGGUCUCCGUUUGACAAGAUGUCUAAAGUUCAUCAGAGGCGUUCUCGCUCUGUGGACUCUCUGGUGCGUACAGUUUACUUCAAAUCUGGUUCUCAUACGAAAGAAAAAGAGGUAACAGAGAAAGAGUCCAAACGUUUGGAGACCGCCUCAGAGCGCGCCCCGUCUCCUCCCCCGAUGUUUGACAGGUCUGAGCGUUUUAACGACCGGUUCAGCGAUAUCUACUGCGACCGGCGCACCGGGGCCAGGUUCAGUGACAAGUUCAGUGACCGAUGCAGCGACAGGUACAGCGACAGGUUCAGUGACACGGAGAGUCUUCACAACGAGGUGAGGACUAAACUUACAACGCUCCAAAAAGCUGUGAAGCAGAAGAAGAGGCUUUCUAUCUCCACCAUGUCCUCUUCUGAGUUUGAGUCAGAAUCAGUCGCCAGCGAGUCGAGUUACGCCGACUACGUAGAGAGGCUCAGGGUGAAACCGGCCUCUCUGCCCGAUGUUCAGCAAUUCAACCGACCCUUCGAUUCGGGGGAGGGUCCGAGUGAGUUUAAAAGUAGAAGCUCAAGCAGGGAUCCGUCGAAGCCGCGUUCAAGGCAUUCAUUUGAGCCUCAAACCAGAACCAGGGCCAUUCAGAUCAUGAGAGGUGAGCCGUUGGAUACCAUGGUGUCAGAAAGGAGAUCAGGUGACACACGGCACGGUAAAAAGGUUGAGAGUUUUUUGGAAUCGCGGCUAGAAGCUAGAUACAAGCAAAUGGUAAGUGAACGUCACGGCGUAGUUACGGAGGAACAUAUGGAGUCAACAAAGGUCGAGCAACGUAACUCUGAAGGGUUAGCGUUCCCUGGAACAUCCACGUACACCGAAAGCAGUGGAUCUGUUGAUCUGCCAAAAACAGACACAUCUAGCAGGGAGAAGUUCCUCAGUGGAGAAGCAUCCACAGAAGAUAGGUCCACAACGGAAACAGGUGAGCAAUAUGAAGAGGAGGGUGAAGGGGGGUCUUUGAGGGCUCACUAUGAGAAGAGUCUGGAUGAAGAGAGGAUGCAGUGUGAGGAAAAGCUCCUAACCCUGCGCAUCAGAAAAUGGCAGCAAGGGAGUAUGAUGGCCGAAGAGGAGACGUUUCACCCUGAAACUGAUCUGCCAACCCCUGCACAGGUGCAGUACAUGGAGCCAGCGGGGCACAUGCACACCCAACAGGAAGCGACACAAUCAGUAACUGUAGAAAGUGAAACCUCAUCUUUCCAUAAAUCACCCAGAGUUAAGGCAAGGAUGGUAGAUCCUGAAGCGACAACACCCAGAUCACCUCAAGUAAAAGCCAGAGGAGACGAAGCAGAGAUGUGUGCCACAGCAGAAGCCCAAUCAGAAGAAGGAGGGGCACAACUAAUGCUGGCACCAAAAUCUCCCAGAAUAAAAGCAAGAGCAGAAAUGGAAGUGGAGUUGUCGUCAAGAGCAAAAGCCCGGGCGGAGGACAGACUUGGAGAAUCACCCAGGCUGAGGCAGGCCAAAACUACCAAAGAGAGGUUCCUUGGUACAGGUGCAACACCAGAAACAGGUGAGCAAUAUGAAGAGGAGUCUGGAGGGGAGUCUUUGAGGGAGCAGUAUGAGAAGAGCCUGGACGCUGAGCGGAUGCAGGUUGAGGAAAAACUCCUGGCCCUGCGGAUCAGGAAAUGGCAGCAUGGUGUUCGAAUGUCAGAGGAAGAGACACAGCACAUGGAGCCUGAAGGGCACAUGAACCCCCAUCUGGAGGCAGUGGAUGAGAGAGUGACUGUAGACCCCCAUCUGGAGGCAGUGGAUGAGAGAGUGACUGUAGACCCCCAUCUGGAGGCAGUGGAUGAGAGAGUGACUGUAGACCCCCAUCUGGAGGCAGUGGAUGAGAGAGUGACUGUAGACCCCCAUCUGGAGGCAGUGGAUGAGAGAGUGACUGGAGACCCCCAUCUGGAGGCAGUGGAUGAGAGAGUGACUGGAGACCCCCAUCUGGAGGCAGUGGAUGAGAGAGUGACUGGAGAACAUGCUGACGUGUCGGCACCAAAGUCCCCUAAAGUCAAACUGAGCCAAGACGAAACCUCUGCCCCCUCGCCUAAAGCCAGAAUGAAAUCCAGACCAGGAGAGUUGGAAAUUGAGGCUUCAAUGGCACAAAAAUCUCCCAGAAUAAAAGGAAGGGCCGUAGAAGUAGGAGCAUCACCAAGAACUAAAGUCAGAGCAGAGAAGAUGUUGUUUGAGAGGACAACAGAAGAACGUGAGCUCCAGCUGUCGAGAGAGAACUUAUCCGAGCUGAAGAGUGAAAGUGAGAGGUUUGUCAGUGAAGAGGAGGCUCUGAAUCAGCGGAUAAUGAAGUGGCAGGAGAACGUUUUGAUGGAACAAGAGGAAGUUGUCAAGCUGGAGUCCGACUGGGAGGAGGGUUACUCUAAGAUCCAGGCGGAGAAGACCACAGACGUCGGAAGAGAAUCAGCUCCUCAACCUGAAGUGGUCCGAAGCAGGAAAACCUCCUCGGGCAAAACAGCCAAAGAGAAGUUCCUCCAGAGCGAGACGGUUCCCGCCGGUUUCCAAGAUCAGCUGGCUGAGAGUCUGCAGUGGCCGCCCUCUGAGGCUCUGCCUACAGAGGGCCGGGAGACCAGGCUGCAAAGGGAUAGUGAAUACUUUGUUAGUGAGGAGGAAGCACUUGCUCAGCGCAUCCUGAAGUGGCAACAGGAUGGUGUCGAGCAAGAGGAGGUAGCUGAACUGGAGUCCGAGUGGUCUUUGGACAAUCAAGGAAAACAGCCUGGCUCCGGGAUGCUGUUUGAGUCCCAUGGUGUCCUUUCUCAUCCAUGUGAACUUCCACCUCUAAAUCUUGGUGGUGGAGCCUCGUCAACAACUACUGCCGGGUACGAGCAAGCUACUAUUGGUGAGUCUUCUUCCAUAAGAAGGCAAACUCCUGCAUAUGCUGGUUUACCACACCAGCCCAAAGGAAAUGAUAGAAUGGGUCUGGAAGCUUCACCAGUUCAGAGUUACUCUCCAACCCAAACUACUACUGUGCCAUUUGAGAGACCAGGUAAGCCUUCAGGAGAGUUUUCACCACUCGGGAGUCGCUUUCCACAGGAGGAGGUGGGAAAAGAUGCAGAGAAGAGUCGGAGCAGGCAGGAAUAUGCAAUGACUGCAGAUAAAUCCAGCAGGAAAUGUUUCCAGUCAGAUGUAAAAGAGGAGAGGGCGAUGAGAGAGGAGACGGGAACUACCAGAGAGAGCAGCGAUCGGAGACAACGGAAGGAUUUUGCAGGUGUUAAAAGAGAGGAAGUAAGCAGAGAGUCCAUUAGGUCAAAACAGGGUGGAGAAAUGAGUGAAGAAAGCGUUGAACUCGGAGCUAUCAAGAAGGACGAGAGGAGAGUCCAAGAUGAGGCAGAUUUGAAAGAGUUUAAUAGGAUGAAGGAAGGGGAAACAAGUGCCGGAGGAUCCCGUCCAGUAUUUGUGAAAGGAAUAUCUUCGGCUCAAGUAAAAAUUGGUGAGAUGACAGAGUUUACCUGCCAGUUCCAGGGUGACCCUCUGCCCACCGUCACCUGGCUCAAAGACGGACACCAAUUAGCCCACAACCCUGACUAUGAUAUCAUGAGCAAAUCUAACACAUCAAAGCUCACCGUCUUCUAUCCAACUACAGACCACGAGGGGACAUACGACAGUGUCAUAACCAAUAAACAUGGAAAAUCCAUCUGCAGCGGCACUCUUGAAAUCUCUGACCAAAAGGUGAGGAGAAUGUCAGUGGCCACACAGGAAGUGGUAGUUACGGAGGGUGCAGAAACCCAGGAAAGCUUUAUCGAAGCAGAACUUAAGACCUUCACGGAUUCAGGGAAAGCGACGUUACAGGUGCCUCAAGCGGUGAUCCACAAACGCCGCUCCUCGGAUGAGUCUUUUAGCUCCUCACCUGUAGAAAUCAGAAUCACCGCCGCCACGCCGCUCCCUGAGAUGAGAGAGGAAAUCAGAGAGGACGAACCUCAGGAGGUCUCGGAGAAAAUCUCAGAAGUGCCAAGCGACGAUGGUGCCUCUCAGACUGUCAAACACAAAUUCACUUUCUCAUUUGAUACGGCUGGUGAAGCUCCUCAGGCUGUCAGCACAUUUGAGAAUAUCAGCUGUUCUGAGGGCAACAUGGCUGUGGUCACAGGUAUCUCUGAACCUGUGCAAUUUGCAGAGGGUGCUGGUUUUACUCCAGUAAGGAGGUCUCCUGUUGGCUCAACCGAAGAUACAAAGAAAGCUGACAUCAUUCACACUAAAGACACGAUCACUCAGAGUUCACAAGCUCCAUCAGAGUUGGCCAAAGCCCCAAAAUCCAGACCUAGUAUCUCCAGAGAGCCUCCAAGUGUAUCCGGAUGUGGUCUGCAGGCGUCGGCUGCUGUUAUAAAAGUCUCUCAGAUUAAACAAGCUUUUGAGUCUGAAUCGCCAGUUGCAUUACAGACCCAAAGCUCUCCUGAGGAGCAGAGAGAGGCAACACAUUUCCCUGAAGAGUUUAUACCUGCAGUGGCCAUUUCCCUUGACCAGCAGGACCAAGUCAUUGACACCCUGCCUGCAGAAGAUGCAGUUAGUCUUGCUACUGCUAUGACAGGAAAUCCCAGUUCUCCCAAAGCUCUUCCUGACUCACCAGAGGCCUCCCAUCCAACCUCCUCUCUGCAGAAAGAACGCAAGAUCUCUGGGAUAUCUAGGGAUGUUGAACAAGGUGCCGUUUCAGCAGAAAGCCAUGGUGAACUUACACAAUUUGUGGAAGAAGUACAGGAGUCUCCCGACUUGGUCAGGCCUAAAGCACAGAAACCAGCUCCAUUAACAGAACAAGUGGAGGCAUGUGAAAUGGAGAUGCUGAGGGAUCAGCCAGUGUGUACAUUUGACAAAACUGGCAGCUUUUUCCCUUUCAAGCCGGAUAAAGUCCCUGCAGUAAAACGCGCUGUUAAGACUUCAGCUCCAGUUGAAGAAGCCGUCAAGCCUAAAACCAUUUCUAAAUCUCUCAAACUUGAUAAACAAAUUGCAGUAGAAGGGUCUUCCUCUCCUCACAGUGAGGCUGAAGUUGACAGUACUCUACUUUCUGGCGAGGAGCUGGUUUCAAAUCCAGAGCCCUCCUUGGACAGUGGUGUCUUCCUCAGUAUGCCGGAGUCCCAGGCUGACGUGACAGAGGGAGCAGAAGAAGUGGCUGGGGAUGAAGUUGAGCCUCAUGUACAAAUCAAGAGUGAAGAUGGGGGGAUUGAAGUCAUGGAGCCAGAACCUGCAACACUUGUUGUCGAGCCUAAAGGAGACAACCUUGAACCUCUUGAGGAAGCUCCUGCUGCUGCUGAGGGACCUCAAAGGCAGGUUGCAUCUUUACAGGAAGGAUUUUUGGACAAAGCUGAAGCUGAAGCUGGAGGAGCAGCAGCAGCUGGCUCAAUGGAGGAAGAGGAGGUAACCUUUGGUGCUGUGUAUGACUUUUACAACCCUCCAACAGACUGGGGAAGACCCCUGUCCCCUGAGUCUGAGAUGUCCAUAGAGAUCGGCAGCACCGUGAGUGAGGACCUAGCCGAGAUGGCCGAGCGGUUCUACACCCCAGGCUCUUCCACCGAGGUCUCGCAACCAAUUGCAGAGUCCUUCCAAACCCCCAAGUCUCACAUGUCCUUUCAAACUCCAAGUUCGGAUACUUCUGGUGGGUUUAGGACCCCUAAGGAAUACCCCUUCUCCCCCAUGGAUCAUAAGCGACCCUCGACAGGAGGCUCCAGCGAGAGGUUUUUCUCACCAAUGCAGUUCCUGAUGUCUCCCGGUGACGAGGGCAUUGAGACAGUGGAUGACAACCUAUACCUCACCAAGGGACUAGGACCUUUAGGCCUGUCAACCCUUCAGGAGAAAGUGCAGGGAAUCCCUCCGGCCUUUCUCAAACCUCUCGUCAAGAAAAGAGUGUUUGAAAAUGACUCUCUAACGUUUUACGCUGAGGUGUUUGGCCUGCCUUCCCCUCAGGUGAAUUGGUUCUGCAACGGAAACCAGCUGUUGGCCAACGACAGAGUCAAAACGGAGAGAGAUGGUGAUAGCAUCUCGCUAACAAUUCACAAUGUCACAAAAGCUGAUCAGGGGGAAUACAUCUGCGAGGCCGUGAACUACGUUGGGGAAGCUAGAAGUGUUGCUUUAGUGGUUGUCAUAUCGCAGGAAGUCAGGUUCAUGCCGGCCCCCCCUAAUGUCACCCAUCAGCAUGUGAUGGAGUUUGACGUUGAGGACGAUGACUCCUCUCGUUCUACUUCCCCUCAGGAGAUUCUGCUCGAAGUAGAGUUGGAUGAAAGCGAUGUGAAAGAAUUUGAGAGGCAAAUAAAGAUCAUCACCAUUCCCGAGUACACGGCCGACAACAAAAGCAUGAUCAUAUCUCUGAACGUGCUGCCGAGUAUUUAUGAGGAGUGCACUGUGGACUUUGUCACGCAGGAGCAUGAUGAUUUGAAAAUAGCUUUUGAGGUCACUGAGAUGCCCCCGAGGUUUAUUAAUCCCAUCUGUGACAUGGAGACCCCUGAGGGCACCACCGUCAUGUUCGAGUGCUCCCUGAUGGGAAUACCCUCUCCUAUUGUGUCCUGGUUCAAAGGUGACAAGAAAAUACCUCACAAUAACAAAAAAUACCUGUGUUCGUCCGACGGAGACAACCACUUCCUGAAGAUCUGUCAAGUCACAACACAGGAUAGCGGGGUGUAUAACUGUAGGGCUAUUAACGUUGUCGGGGAGACUCUGUGUCGGGCGUCUCUGGUCGUGUUGGACGCCAAAGCUUUCUCAGGAAAGACCAGAGGCAGGGAGUUGACUGCUGUGUCUCUGGGAAGCGCCAAAGUUCAGCCGCAGAAGUUCGACUUGGUGGUUGGCAACACGUCGUUUGACAGCGAACAAGUCUCUGAAAUUGAGCUUGAGUUUGAGUUUGAGCAGGAGGCAGAUGAGUCGCAGCGGGCGGUGAGGCUGGUGGCUAAAACCGACCACGAAAUGAACGAGCAGGGAGAGAAAUACGUUAGCAUUAACUUUGACGUGUUUGCUGAACCGGCAAAAGAUGACAAGAUAGAGUUCAAAGGAAAGUCCUCCGAUAUGUGUAGCUUCCAGUUCCUGGUGACCGAGACGCCCCCUAAGUGCGUCAUCCCGUUGACUAACAUUACCGCAGCCGUAGGGACGCCAGUUAUCCUCCAGUGUCUCGUUAGUGGUAAACCAAGCCCGACCGCAGAGUGGUACAAAGAUGGAAACCCAGUCACAACCGGCAGGUGUAUCAUCCAGGAGAAAACUGCAGGCCAUUUCAAUCUGCUCAUUACUAACGCAACCCAGAGUGAUGGUGGGGAGUACAAAUGUGUGAUCCAAAACACGGCCGGGUACAUUGAGACUGCCGCGCUGCUAAAGAUGUUUUAGAGGUUUGAGGUUCUGGGGCUGGUUGCACGAAGAUACAUUUACUACCUAAUUAAUUUGACUGUAUAUUGUUAAUGCUUGACUUCUGUAGGGUUUACUGCGAUACAUAUAUGACUACAACUCAUCGGUCAUGAACUGGUCCGUUAUCAGAACUUUUCCAAAUGUUUACGUUUUCUUAAUUGGCUCAUGAUUAACCCUUCCACCAAGUUGAAUACAAAUCAGUCCAGUUGUUUUUUAACCAAACCGAAGACACAAAGCUCCUUGGCGGAUUUAAUACUUAACAGAAAUAGAAAAUACCUUAUGAGUCAUUUUAAGACUUUCUAUUCUCAAUGUUUGCUUUAAACUGUUUGCAAAUCGCAAUUACUUAAGCUGAGACUCUUCUCUAUGAAAAGAAGAGUCAUCUUUGUGCAACCAGCCCGAAGUCAUGUGGGAUAAACAGAGUUUAAAAUGUUUGUCAGAGUUUAAAAUGCUUUUUUUCCUUUAUUUAUUGCCAGCUGUGUCAACUUUUUAAAGUUCUGGUAGAAAAUCUGGGUUUACGUUUGCUUUUGUUUUCUGGUAACACUUUAAAGUGAGCUGCUUUAACAUGAAAUCACAACAGUAUAUAGUCUUUACAUCUCACUGACCUCAGAAUACAUUGGUAUUUUGAGGUUUUUAAAAUGGAGAAGCUCAGAAAUGGGUCCAUGGUUAUGAAGAAAAAUAGGAAUACAUAUCAUUUACAUUUUUAAACAGUUUGUUAAAUUAGUGACGAGAGCUGCACAGCCAGAGUAGAUAUGUUUUAAAAGAAUCUGCAUUGGAAAUUAAAUCCAAUUAAAUGCAUGUACUAGUUAUAGUAGCUUAACUAAAAAAGAAUACAACUUAAAAUGUUGGUUUGUGUUUUAACAUUUGAUAAAUCCCGGCAUUGUGACACCCUUCAUCGUUUUUGGUUUGAGCUGAAGGCAGUAGUUAUUGUUCGGUCACAUUUUACAUAACUUAAAAUGACAUGCAGUGGGUAAUAAACAUGUUUUUACAAAAAAAAAAUAGUUUCAAACAAGAAAGAACACCUUGACAGAAAACGAAUUAAUAUUAACCCAAAACAUUUUUUAUUAUAAAAAAUAGAUUCAACAAUUUAUUUAAUUUACCCUUAACUUUCACAGCAUUAUUGAUACUCUAUUAGGAGAGUAAUUCACACAUUAAAAUUUAAUGCUGUCAAAAAAGUAAAUCUGGAAACUGUCCUAAUUAGUUUUAUGGUUUCUGUGGGAUUUAGAAGGUUUUUAGUUUUUUAUUGGAGUGAGAACGAUAUUUCUAGGAUUUUAAAGCGAGCUGGUAAAUCAUAAGUAGUACAAAUUUAAAAAAAUGGAUAAUACUGUGAAACUUAAAAAAAUGUUAAGUGUAAGUUUUGAAGUUUUGUAAAUAUGUGUAAUUUUAGGAGUGUAUGAGUAGAAACAGGAAAAUAAGUAAAUGAAUAAAUUAAAAAUCUGGCAUUGAGAUGGAAAUUCAUGGUGUAUUUGUACAGACGUCGUGUUGGUUUGUUUCAGAGUUUAUAUAAUAAAAUAUUUAAUGAUUUAAA